CAACUCGAAGUUUGCUUCUAAGUCUCUCAAAUGAUGUAAAAUACGAAGGUUUAGUAAAUAUGUAUGCAAUUUGAUCAACUCCAGUUGGUGCUGUGUUUGUAGGAAUUUUCAGCUCUCCAAGCAAGUUCUUCAACCAGACAAGCUCAGCUUCACAUGAUAAACAGAUGGCGAAUCAAGAAGUGGGAAAGAAGGUGCGAAUGGCAUUGACUCCACCACCUCAUGAUGCAACAACAAAUCCGUUUCUACUAAUAAGAUCUAUCAGCAGCAGCAAUAAUGCCAUGCUCUCUAAAGAAGAAGAAGAAGAGAAGGAGAAUAAUAAUGGGGAGCCACAUACCAAUAAUUUGUGUGCCGUGAUUAAUCACUAUAUCCACACUCUCAAUCACUUUAACUUGCGAAACUUGGGCUACCCCCUUAAUCAGAAUUUCAACUACGAUGCAUUGGCACCAUUGCUACGAUUUCACCUGAACAAUGCGGGUGAUCCAUUUUUAGGAAGCACCGUGUGCCUAAAUUCAACAUCAUUUGAAGUUAGUGUGCUUGAUUGGUUUGCAAAUUUGUGGGAGAUACAAAACAACAAGUACUGGGGAUACGUCACCACUGGUGGAACUGAAAGCAAUCUUCACGCCAUUUUAUUAGGGAGAGAAAAAUUUCCUGAUGGAAUUCUAUAUACUUCACAAGAUUCGCAUUAUUCAAUAUUCAAAAUUGCAAGAAUGUACCGAAUGCAAUGUGUCAAAGUUGGAACUUUGGUCUCCGGUGAAAUUGAUUGCGCUGAACUAAAAGCUUCAUUACUUGCUCACAAGGACAAGCCAGCCAUCAUCAAUCUUAACAUAGGUACAACAAUGAAAGGAGCUGUUGAUGACAUUGAUCUUGUAAUACAAACAUUGAAAAAAAAUGGUUUCAGUCGUGAUCGAUUCUACAUUCACUGUGAUGGAGCUCUAUUUGGUAUCAUACUCCCCUUUGUCAAACAAGCACCAAAAAUAAGUUUCAAGAAACCAAUCGGAAGUGUGUGUGUUUCUGGACAUAAAUUCUUAGGAUGCCCAAUUCCAUGCGGAGUUGUAAUAACUCGUAAAGAAUAUAUUAAUACAUUAUGUAGAGACAUAGAAUACAUUGGUUCAAGGGAUGCAACAAUCACAGGUAGCCGAUCUGGACAUGCUCCAAUCUUCCUUUGGUAUGCUAUCACUAAAAGAGGUUCAUUGGGGCUUCAAAAAGAAGCUCAAACUUGCAUAAGGAAUGCACGUUACUUACAUAAUCGAUUGCGUGAGGCAAGAAUUGGUGCAAUGUUAAAUGAGUAUAGCAACAUUGUUGUGUUUGAGAAGCCUCUUGACGAUGAAUUUAGCCGUAGGUGGAGUUUGGCAUGCAAAGGGAACAUUGCACACGUCGUGGUCAUGCAGCACGUUACCAUUGAAAUGUUGGAUUUGUUUGUUGCUGAGUUUCUUCAAAAACGAUCUUUUUGGUGGUUCAAGGAUUAUGGAUCUUCUUUUCAGCCUCGCUGCAUUGCAGAUGAAAUUGGUGCUGCAAAUUGUUCUUGCUCAAUGCACAGUUUGUUAUCGUGAUUGAGAUUGUAUCAACUAUACAAUAUAUAUGUGCCUUGCUAGC